UUGGCCCUGCAGCUGCUCUUCCUGCUCUACGGGCUGCUGGCCCUGGCCUUCCUCUCGGGUUACUACGUGCGCACGGCGGCGCAGGUGCUGGCCGUGCUGCUGCCCCUGGCCAUCCUGCUCAUCGAUGGCAACCUGGGCUACUGGCACGCCCUGCGCCGCGUCGAGUUCUGGAACCAGAUGAAGCUCAUCGGCCAGAACGUCGGCAUCUUCGGGGCCGUGGUCAUCCUGGCCACGGAUGGAUGAGGGGCAGCGGGGAUAAAGGGUGGGAGGGAUUUUUUAGGGAGCGCCGCUAUUUAUUUGUUGAUUUUUUUGGGGUUUUUUUUUUGGUGGUGUUUGUAAAUAUUUGAUAAUUUUGGCGGAGGAUGGGGUGGGGGGGGUCCUGCCUGGGGGGUGGUGGCCACUGUGUGGUCGGGGUCCCUCUCCCUGCUGAGGGGUGUCACUGCUCUCCCCCCCCACCCCAAAAAAUGUAUUUUUACUGA